UGUAUUGAUUACCGGGGGUUGAACCGGGUCACUAUGAAGAACAAGUACCCUCUUCCGAGGAUCGAUGAGUUGUUGGAUCAGUUGAGGGGUGCUACUUGGUUCUUCAAGGUAGAUCUGGCGUCGGAUUAUCAUCAGAUACCGACAGAUGAGGCAGAUGUGAGGAAGACUGCAUUCAGGACGAGGUAUGGGCAUUUUGAGUUUGUGGUGAUGCCCUUCGGGUUGACUAACGAACCAGCAGCGUUUAUGAGAUUGAUGAACAGUGUGUUUCAGGAGUUUCUGGAUGUAUCUGUCAUCAUUUUCAUCGACGAUAUCCUGGUUUAUUCUAAGAGUCCUGAGGAGCAUGCAGUGCAUUUAAGGGCAGUUCUUGAGAAACUGCGGGAGCAGAAGUUGUUUGCUAAGUUGAGCAAGUGCAGUUUUUGGCAGCGUGACAUGGAUAGGUGA